AGUGGUGGAGACCCCGGGCGGAAGCAGGAAGCGGCGGAGCGGGACCACGCCCGCGGCGGUUCGGGCCACGAAGCCAUGGCGGAGAAGUUUGACCACCUGGAGGAGCACCUGGAGAAGUUCGUGGAGAACAUCCGGCAGCUCGGCAUCAUCGUCAGCGACUUCCAGCCCAGUAGCCAGGCCGGGCUCAACCAAAAGCUGAAUUUUAUUGUCACUGGCUUACAGGACAUUGAUAAGUGCAGGCAGCAGCUUCACGAUAUUACUGUGCCUUUAGAAGUAUUUGAAUACAUAGAUCAAGGUCGAAACCCCCAACUCUACACCAAAGAGUGCCUGGAGAGGGCUCUGGCGAAAAAUGAGCAAGUUAAAGGCAAGAUCGACACCAUGAAGAAAUUUAAAAGCCUGUUGAUUCAGGAACUUUCUAAAGUAUUUCCCGAAGACAUGGCGAAGUACCGGAGCAUCCGAGGGGAGGACCAGCCCCCUUCCUAACUCUGUCCUCCCUCUGUCUGGAGACCCUCCUCGUCCUGCACGAAUGGCCGUGACCUUCAGGCAGCGUGGGACCCAGCGGCGCUGAUGCCGUCUCCUGGCCAUCCUCCUGCCGCCUCGUCCUCAGCGGUGGCCUCUGGGGACGGCAGGGCCUAGAGGGCAUCUGGGGCUGUGCCACCAGCUGCCACCAGCUGUCCCCUCUCCCCGACGUGCUCUGUUUGGUCCUCAAGCUCUCAGCCAGCUGGCGCCUGCACACCUUUGCGUGCUCCGUGUACGGCCCCCCACAGGCAGGUAGUCUUGAUGCUCGGUAUGACAGAGGUAGAUUGAAAGUUCCUACAAAUCCUGUACCAUAGUUUUCUUUUUCUGUACCCUUCUGUUCCUUUGUUAGGAUGUCCAAGCUAAAAAAAAGCAUUGGUUUAAAAUGAGAAGCACCUUAAACUGGUUUUGUGUUUUCUCUUUGCAAGGAGAGCGAGUGUGCUCCCGGCGCUCUGGUCAUAAAAUAAAGCCUCUGAGAACUUG